AUCAAAAGUGCACAAAACAUUUCUUGUUCAUGUAGUUUGAUAAUGGCAAGGACAAUUCUAAGCUUUACAACGUGAGGGAGGAUCUCCUCCCAUUAGCUCGCUUGAAAGAUGCCUCACCAACAUAGUAUGAGGAUUUCCCUGCAACUUUUCGGAUGUACGAAUCGCCCGUUUUUUAUUAUUGCCGCUUCAAGAAUACACUCGAAACGCAAAGCGAAAUUUGUUGAGCAGCUCGGUUCUUACGAUCCCCUCAUCAAUGUCCAUGGGGAGAAACUUGUGUCGUUGAAAUUUAGUCGGGUCAAAUAUUGGUUGUCUGAAGGUGCACGGGCAACACCAGCUAUUCAUGACAUACUCGCGUUUGCAGGACUUGAGCCACCGCGACAACACAUGGCUGUCGUAGCACCGUACAUGAAGGAGGCGCAGGAACACAUGAAAACACAGGAGAAACAGGAACUGGACACGUGGAGAGAGUCAAUCCUUGACAAAGGUCUGGACCCGGAUGAGCUGCUCAUCCUUGCAUCAAUCCCCAAAGCAGACACACCUGCGGCAUUGCAUAAAAGAGAUGUCAUUGCCAAGCUGAAGGAUGCAGGGUUUGAGGAGUCUGAAUUGAGUCCACCGCCGAAGGAAUACUGGGACGGCAGUGAGCCAGCGUUCCGUCAAAGAAUACAUCCGCGCAUGCUUAGUGUCAUGAAGGAUGGCCGCCGUUUGGGCAAGUAUGUCACACCGUCAUGGUAAAAACACUUUGCUGUGUGUUUUGCAGCUUGGAGUGGUAUGCUUGGGAGGUUUCUUUUGCAUUGUAUUGCUGCAUCUGUAUAUAGACACAACUAACUAUUUCAAAGCAUUUUCAGGAUUUCAAUUGUACUUCGAAGUACAUGUACUAUACAGGGCAACGCAGCAUGGUGCUAUGCCAUUUCUUUCUUUUUUAAUCCUGUUUGAGUAUCUUGAUAUUUUGGACUUUGAGGUACUGUACAUCUUA